CGCCAUCUCUCCUCCAUGCAACCGUCGCCAUGAGCCAGGAGUAUUUCCCCGCCAGUGGCCCCUCCUCCGCCGGCGAGGGCUCGUCGUCCUCGUCCAGACCCCGUUAUCCCUCGCAGUCUCCGCCGCCCGAGGAGCAUUCGCCCUCCAAUCCUGAUUUCACACGUCCGACACCCCCGCCGGCCUACAUGACCGUCGGCAAUGGCUCGACCUCCGAGUCCGCCACCGCCCUGAUGGCCUCCCUGAACCAGGACUCUGGGUAUGGCGGUAGUCUUCCGGCUGGCAGCCUGAUGGAAGGGGAUGCUGAAAGCAACUGGAAGGCCGAUCUGAUGGUCGAUAGACCGACUCCGAUGCAAACCCCGACGCAUCUGGGACAGUGGAAUCCUGCUGCCGAACACGAGAGACAGGUCGUCGCGAGCCAUGUCCAUCAACUACUAUACAACUCCAACCGCACCAAGCUGGCGCGUGCCAUCUCCCGCACCAUCGACACCUUGAAGGAACUGCAGGAUAUGAACCGUCAAUGGCCCGCCCACUAUCCCUCCGUCCAGAGCACCCCCGGCUCUCCGUUGCAUAAACCCGCGCUGCAGAAGAGAUCCUCGUUUUUCGGGGAGGGGGAUGCGGCGAUGGAGGACUUGCCCCGACCUGGGGCGAUCCGGCGCGCUGCGACGAUGACCGGUGGCGAGGAUCUGGCCGAGUCGAGUGCCGCGGCGGAGCGUCGCGUGCCGUCCGAGCCGAGACUGAUGAGUCCGCAGAUCGCGCAGGAGUUCUCGAUUCUGAAGCUGGAUUUGAAGCUGGGCGCCCUGUCGCAGGCCGAGCUGGUACACUCGCUGGAGAAGGCGUCGAUUGCGUCGCUGCUGGAUGGCAAGAUCAGUCAGAGCGUCAAGCAUCUCCUGUCGCUGCGCGACCGCAUCGAGGAUACGGCGAGCAAGGUUCUCAUCACCGGUGAUCUGAAUGCGGGCAAGUCGACUUUCUGCAAUGCGCUCCUGCGGCGCAAGGUUCUGCCGGAGGAUCAGCAGCCCUGCACCAGCAUCUUCUGUGAGGUGCUGGAUGCGCGUGAGAACAGUGGCAUCGAGGAAGUGCACGCCGUGCACAAGGACGUGCCGUACAACCGCAACGAUGAGAGCACCUACGAUGUGUAUGCCCUGCAUCAGCUGGAGGAUAUCGUCAUCGAUAACUCCAAGUACAUGCAGUGCAAGGUCUACGUGAAGGAUGUGCGGACAAUCGAUGAGUCUCUUCUCAACAACGGCGUUGUGGAUAUUGCCCUGAUCGAUGCGCCUGGAUUGAACUCGGAUUCGCUGAAGACGACGGCGGUGUUUGCCCGCCAGGAGGAGAUUGAUGUCGUCGUGUUUGUGGUUUCGGCUGCCAACCAUUUCACUCUUUCGGCCAAGGAAUUUAUUCUUAAUGCUGCGCACGAGAAAGCGUACAUGUUUAUUGUUGUUAAUGGUUUCGACCAGAUUCGCGACAAGCAGCGUUGCGAGCGCAUGAUCUUGGACCAAAUCGGCAAGCUGAGCCCUCGCACCUACAAGGAGUCGGCGGAGCUUGUGCACUUUGUGUCCAGUAACGCUAUCCCGGUGGCCCCUCCGGUUUCGGUUGAGAGCUCCGGCGGUGGCGGUGAUGAUGGAUCGGACGAUGAUGAGGAUAGGCCCAAGGGCAAGGACAAAGGAAAGGGCAAGGAGAAGGAGAAGAUCCAGGACUUUGAGAACCUGGAGAGCUCCCUGCGGCGGUUUGUUCUCGAGAAGCGCUCCCGCUCGAAGCUUGCUCCUGCUCGGACCUACCUGUUGAACUUGCUGGCGGACCUCAACUCACUGGCCUCGGUUAACCGCGAUGUUGCCCAGACGGAGCUCAAGCGCGUCACGGACGAGCUGGCAGAGCUGGAGCCGGCCUACGAGGAUGGUAAGAAGAGGAAGCUGGAGGUUGGAGACAAGGUCGAGAAGCUCGUUGACGAGUCGUGCGACGAUGUCUACAACCACACACGGUCUACCUUGGGCGAGACUAUUGCCCGUGUCUCGGAGGCUGAUCUGGGUGUCGAAUACCCCGGCCUCUUCUCGGCCUUCCAGUAUGCGGAGGACCUCAAGGUUGCCAUGUUGGAGCAGAUUGCUGCGUCGGUGACUGACUGCGAGGACUACGCUCGCGACAAGACGGUGCAGGGCGUCGGCUUCAUCCAGAACAUCGGUCUCCUCCACGUUGGCGAGGACAAGUUUGCCCCCUUAAACUUCCGCGCGGAUAUGAUGUUCCGUCGGGGACGUCGUCACACCUUUGCCAGGCAAGUGGACACGGAAGUCGAACUGUGGGACUUCUUCGAUAUCUCGGGUCUCUGGGAGCGACAGGAGAAGGUCGCCGGCACGGGCAUGGCCAUGACUGCCGUGACUGUUCUUGGAGGCCGAGCCUUGGGUGGGAUCAGCUGGGUGGACAGCAUGUUCAGCGCUGCGAAGUUCCUGGGCCCGAACAACUUGCGCCGUCUCUUCCUUCCCAGUAUUGCGGCAGCUGCCGUCUUGACUGCCGCCUGGAUGCUCUCCUCUAUCCCGACAACCCUCCCUCCCCGUCUAUCCCGCAAGCUCGCCGUCACUCUCUCCGAGAUGGACUAUGUCCACUCCAACGCCACGCGCAUCUCCUCCGAAGUCCGCCGCAUCCUGCGCCUCCCGGCCGGAAACCUCCAGACCAGCCUCUCCCAAGACAUCGAAGACCUCGGACGACGCAAGCAGGAAGUCAGCAAGACCAAGCACGAGAGCGAAGGCGCCUGCAAGUACUUCUCCAACCUGUUCCGCGAGAGCGGCGAGAACCGUACCUCCGUCUCGAACAUCGACCUCGAUGCGCCGCUCCCCGGCGGUCUCGCGGCCCACUAGAAAAGCCCUCUUCUGGAUUUCUGCUUACAUGCAAUCUUCACUUCAUCCGUGUACAAAAGAUAAUGAUGCUGUACGACCUUUCUCUCCCGACCUUUCUCUUUCUUUCAUUGUGUGUGUUGGUGCUGUGCUGUGCUGUGUUGCCAUGCUUGAUCAAACCCAUCCCAUGUCCCUGCCCCCUCAAAAUAUCCCAUGUACAUUCACCUCUCUCUCUCACUUUUUAUUAUCUCCCUCUACGCACUUUUAUUAUCAUUACCCCACCCCCAUCCGCCUGUCGUUUGUCUCGUCCAUAGGCUAGUCUUAGGACACACUCCGAAUUGAUCUUCGGAGGUGAGAAUGAUGGAUUAUGGCGUCCCUGCCUGCCUGUUUCUUCGAUUUUCGGCUUGAUUCAACUUAAGCUUUCUUGUGCUUGAUUUGCUUUCGUGGCGUGCAUUGGCGUCUUAGAGCUUAAUUGCAUCGUAUGAUGAUUAAUAC